UUUACUUAUAGAAUAUGGCAACUCUGUGUAGUUCGCGUGCGAUUUGCGUCCUAGCGCUAUAGCAUUUAUUUUGCUGAUUAUUAAAUAGAAUACAAAAGUAUUUUUUAAAUAUAAACUAAUUUAUAAUGAAAACGAUGUGCAGUGAUAAGUUAAGAUAGCGUUUAUGAAAGUAUUGUCACGAAAUUAGUCACAAUGACCCCAGAGUUCACGGCUGCUAUUGCUAGUACAUUGUGAUAUUACCCAAUAUGGGAUAGAAAUUACAAACAAUUUAGGAAUUAGUGUUGUUUAUAUAAUUUAUUUAGUUUUUGUACAACUUCUACGAACCUAUGGUAGUUGGAUGUAGAUAAAAAUUGCUGUACUAUGGUUACAAAUGGUCAUUUUAAAGUCAUUGAACCUAUGCGCGGCGUGGUGACACUGUGCAGUGACUUGUGAAUCGGAAAUAUGUAAAUAAACAUGAACGAUAUAAGCUUGAAAAUAGUGGAAUCUCCGAAGAGCCACGGUGGUGUUGAUGUGUCUCCGACGGGGGAUGCAGGUGCCGAGAAUGAGGUGGAUCCGUUGGCUAUAGACGAAGCCGAACUCGACAGGAUCAAAGAGCCGGUAUCGCAAGAAGUGGUGCUCGAGAAACUUGACGAAGAAAAGGCGGGAAACUGUGAUGAUGAUGCCAAAGAAAAAAAUAUAAGUGAGAGCCAGAAUGGAAGUAGUGAUAGUUUCCUAAAUGUCCAGGCUGAGAAUGUCAAAGAGGAAUUGACAAAAGAAGAGAAUAGUCCCCCAGCGGUUGCCGAAAACCCUUCCCCUGAAGCAACAACCCAACCUGAGAAUGAGCCAGCAACCGUAGCGGAACCGACCCCAGUUCCCGAAGUAGUUGAGAAACCGGUUGCUCCUGAAAAUGCUCCUGUAGUUGCUGAGGUCCCAAAGAAGGAGCCAAGUCCUGUGAAGGAGGAGCUUAUGGUUGUUGAGGAGCCGAAAAAGUUGGAACGGGAAGCUGAUGUGGAUAUGACUGAGGUGGUCACGGUCGAAGAGAAAGUGGAACGGAAAACGGAAAAGCCUAAACCAAAGCCAAUGAAUGGGGAUGUUACUAAGGAGGAACAAGGAACGAAAAGACGGUCAAGUGAAGAGGUUGACACUGAGUCGCCGUUGAAGAAACUCUGUCAAGAAGUAGAGAAGACUUUCCCUCAACACGACACGAUGAUCAACGAUUACAUUCAGACAGCCACCAAGAACAACGUAGACGAAAUACAAAGGCAUACGGAACAACUGCUCUCGGAAAUACAAACGUUAAGGGAACUGGCACAAAAGAAAGAACAUGAAUGGAACAAUAUACUACACCUAAAAAAAGUCAAAGAGGAAAUUCUUCUAAGGCUCUUAAGACGAAAACAGGUGCUGUCCUUUGAAAAAUCUGCUGAAAUCAACGGUGCUGAUCGCGAUAGGGAUCCUUUCGAUUAUCUGAACCAAGCGAAGAACUUAGCUAUCGAUAAAAGUGAUGAGAUUUCAGGGUUGGCACUCAAACAGCCUGGGUCUACGAUCAGUCCUAUGAUGCAGACGCCAAUUAUGCCAGUUACAACGCAUUUUAACCCAAUGUCUGGGUUGCCGCCUCCAUACGACAAAGCGCAUAUGUCGAUGCCGAAACCAGUAUUCCCACAGCAAAUGAUGAUGCCUGGCCAUCUCACUGGCUUCCCUAGAGACAUGAAUGGGCAGCUACCUUCUAGCUUCGGGCUUCCCAUGGGCCGACAAGGUCCUACAAAAGAUGUGAAGUCGAUAAUAGCAGAUUAUAGGCAGAGGAACCCUGAAGUGACGCCCAGAAGAGGUCGGAGAAUGAAGUCCAUAUUGAAUCCUAAUAUGAUGAAUGCGCCAAGACCUAUAGCGCCGAAGAUGGAUAGUAUGAACAAUCUGAAUAGCUUGAAUAUGCUGUUUAAUAAUCUGGAUAUGAACCAGAAAGCGAUGUUAGAACGCCUCCAACAAAUCCAAGCUGGUGGUCUACCGAACGGCCUCUCCUUCAAAGACGUUCUGGUCCAGUUUGCCAACAUGCAGCAAGCCAACUCAGGCCUCAUACCCAACAGGCCUCCGGAAACAAUCACCAACAGGCCAGAACACCAUGUCAGGCCCGAGGGUAGGAGGAGACAGGAGAGAAACCACGAAGAUGUACAUGUGUCUGUGAAGCAGGCGGAGAGAUUAGCGUCUCCGAGCCCCAGGCUGCCACCACCACCACCGUACCCUGAAAUAUCUCUUCUACCUGUCACCACCAGCCAGGAGUCAACACAACAGAACUCCUUACUCCACGGCAUUCUCACCAAGCAGGCGUCUCCUGCGUCUCAGAGUUACUCCCCGACGUUGGCUAAACUGCUCAUGUCGCCGGAAAGGAAACAGAGUGCGCCAACGUUACCAACUUUCGGUCAGGCCAAGAAUUGCGGCGAGAUUACAAUCACGCCGGUGCAGCCGACCCCGCCUCCCGAGCCACAGCCUGAGAAGACUGAGGAAGUUGUACAGUUGGACGACGAAGAAAGUCCAGCAUCAGAAGGCGAAGCGUCCGGUUCUCCAUCAGGCUCCGGUUCAGGGCGGCUGGUGAUCGACGAGGGCGGCACGGAAGCCCCGGCGGAGACGGGCGCGGAGGCCGGCGAGGCGGCGGAGGCGGCGGACGACGCGCCGCUGUGCCAGGGCUGCAGGCGUAGAGACGCGCAGUUCGUCUGUGCUGGUUGCGCUAACCAGUGGUAUUGCAGUCGUGAUUGUCAGGUAGCAGCGUGGGACGAGCAUUCAGAAAUGUGUUCGGGCUAACCAUGAUAAGUAUAUACUAGUUGUAAUUAUAUACAGUAUAGCGCACACGAAUAUACCGUAUAUAAAUAUAUUUAUAUUAGCUCUAAGUUUACUGUACAGAAGAGCGGCGCUUGCGAGUCUCAAACUUAAUAGACAUGCCUUAAAUCGAAUAGUUUGUAUUGUAUGUGAAUCUCUGAUCUUGGGACGAGGUGCGAUCGUUUUCAGUAAAAAAAAAGGGGAAAAAAGUUGUGAUGAAAGUUCCUUAGGUUAAAAAAAUAAAUAAAAAAAAUUACCAAUUGAUCUCGGAUAUCCUAAGGCAAGUAAAAAUGUUACAUUUAGGUCCCAAUCAUAUUAUUUUUGGAUUAUUCAUUAAAACAUUAUUUUAUCUUGUAAUAUUGUAUGUAUUAAAUGGCAACAUUCAAUGUGAAUGAAAGCGAUCGCACUUUUAUAGUAAAGAUUGAGGUUUAAACUAAUUUUUGAUGCUACACAAGUCGUGUUUAGAAGUCAAGCAUUAAAUGUAAAAUAAAUACAUUUCUCGACUUAAGAUAUUAUUAUAAAGGUUUUAAGUAAUGUUUAAUUGGUGUUUCAAAAUUAAAAAUUAUAGUUGCCAUAUUUUGUAUUCAAUUUUUUUAAUACAUGAGAAGAAAAUAAGGUACUGUUUCAUCACUUCCAUAAAGGUAUGAUUUGUAAAGGCUACUUAAACAUUUGAAAAGAAUUGGUUAGAAAUAAGAGUGGGUUGCACCAUGUAAUUAUAACGAUAACCAAACCAUAACCAGCCGUAAAAUUGCUACCAAUUGGUCAAAACAGUGAUUUAACUGCUGUUCAUAGUAUGGUUAUCCAUAUAACUCUAUGGUGCAACGAUGCAACCAGCACUAAUUUUCUGUCAUACUUAUCGGGAGUUGUUAAAACUGGUCAGAAACCUAUGUUGGUUAGUACUUCCCAACAAAUACACUGCCAUAUAUGAUUCAAAUAAGUUUUUGUAGUUAAACAUAUAUAACAUUUUGUGAGUAAAAAAGAAAAUGCUUCCGCCUGUAACGAAAUUUCAAUUAAACAUUACAUAAAAACGUGUAUAGUGUCCUAAAAAGAUAUUCCUAGUAGAAGCCGUAUUAGCUGUGUCAUAAGCCUAAAUAUUCGUUUGACUAGCAUAGGAUAUAAAUAUUUAUGAUUUCAAUAUAAACCUAAAAAUUAUUCCUCUUUUUGGGAGUACUGAAUGGCUGCUAGAUGAAUAGCAAUGGCUGAUAAUUGUGACAUCAUUUGACAGGGCCGCCAUAUUUGAUUUUAACCAAUUUUUUUUUGUAAAUAUUUCAUUCUAAAGAAAUGAGAUAGAUCGACUCAUGACUCCAACGUCAUGUUAAAUGUUUUUGUUAAUAAGAAGCUCUACUUGCUUCUCAUCUCAAUUGUCAUUGGCAAAUUGGAUUGCCAUAAAUAAAAAUUAAUGAGAUCAAUUUCAAAUACCAUGAAAGUUAAUAUUCUUACAAUAAAUAUGUAAAAAUGUUUCCGUCAAAUUAAAAUAUGUUAAGCAGUAAAUGCAGCCGAAAAUCGAUCUCAGUGGCGUGCACUUGGAGAGGCAUAUGUCCAGCAGUGGACUGCGAUAGGCUGAUGAUGAAGCAGUAAAUGUUUUUAUGAAAUUGACUUUAAAAUCAAAAAGUGUUUUGACAGGCUAUGUUAAAUGACGUCAGGUAUAGCCGUGAAUUGUGUCUAAAAUAUAGUGCUAAAUGACCAUUUACAUGUAGUAUGAGGUUAAUGAAAUUUGUUCCUAAAUAUGUUUGGAAGCCAAAAUUGUCCGAUAGUAAAAUCUUGACGAAGUAUGAAAAUCGAAGCAUGAUCGUUUAUCAUAAUAAUUUUAUUGACUGAUUUUAUAAGUGUGAGGAAAUCGAAAAAAACUUUUAUUUGUAUUUAGUUCAACGUGGAAGCUAAAUUUAAUUUAUUAUAUUUUUCUUUUUUUACUUGUGACUCGAUUCGUUGCGAAUCUAUGGCCAAAGACCAUAGAGAUUCCGCGACUUAAAAAUCAAUUUUUUGUUUUUGGUUUAUUCUUAAAACAUUUUCGUAUUUUUCCGCAUCGCAGUUGUAAUGGAAAGAAGCACGUAGAUAUAGUUUUAAGUGCCUAAUAUUUUUGGCUUUUUAAUAAGUGGCUCAAAAUAUAAAAUAAUAAUAAAUGCAAAGAAAUAAUGUUUUGCUGCGAUGCGGGAAAAUGCCCGUGUUUGAAUAAAAAAAUAUAUGAUUAUAUGUGCAUCUUUUUUGGCAUAAUAUUAUAGAUACUUCAUAAUAAAAAAAACUGCCUUAUUGUAAAAACAGAUUGUUCAGCCAGUCAAGUACCCCCCUUUACCCUAAAAAUUAGGCCAUUCCUUUAAAAGCUAUGUAUAGAGACAUGGUGUUAGAAUUUACAUUAUUUAUGAGCGAAUACCCAACUAAUAAUGUAUAUGCAUUCUGAAUUAUGCCAAAAUUUACAAUUUAAUGCAUGUGUAUACUUACUUUUUUACGGUUGAACAUAGCCUGAUGUUGAUUGAAUCUUUGAGACAUUUGAAUAAUUUGUAUCUGGUUGUGAGAAAUUUUAUUAGAACACAAGUGUAAUGGAAUUCAGCUAGUCGAGUAUUUUUAUUUACUUUUGUACAUACAAUACAUACUUUGAUUUUCAUUUAAAAUAAACGUUUGGCCAAGCUUAUACUUAUUUUUUUAAACCGACUUCCCAAAGAGGAGGAGGUUCUCAAUUCGUCGGGAUCUUUAUUAUUUAUAAUGAACAUACAAAUACCCCGUUCCCCGAAUACAAAUAAAGCCAGAGAUACUACAUAAAGUAGUAUUUAUCGUAUUUUUUCAUUUUCAGAUUUCUAAGUUCCUUAAUCAUUUUUUGUUUAUGAUAAUAUGGUAUAAUUCAGAAUGCAGUGUGCCUGAGUGUAUUAUAUAAAAUAUAAAGCGAAAUAUAUUAAGUUAGCAAUAGCUUGUAAGGUUAAUGUAAUUAUGUGAAAAAUUUUACUUUUUUGUUUCAAUUUAAAUCGGAAAUUGAAAUCAAAUUUAUUUUCAAAAGGUCAGACGACGAUUACUUCAGACUUUUUGGCGAACAUGUUUUUUUUUUAAAUAUUUUUGACGCGAUAAAAUGUAUUUUGUGUCAUUUGAAGCAAUCGUCCGUCUCGAAGACGCCUUUUACAUUCGAUACCUAAUGUGAUUUUAAUAAAGCCUAAUUUAGCCGGGUAGUUCACAAAAUCACUGGCUAAAUACUGACUGGGUUAAGUAAAGAAUUUUUUGCACAGUCGAAUUUGUAAUAGCGAUUGAAACAUAAAUAAUAAUAGGGUUUAUUUUCUACAAUAAUGAACAUUAAUCGAGUAUUAUAUUGUAAUAUAAAGGAGCGUUCUAAUUUUCUACACUAUGUGCAGUGCCAAAAUAUAUGACUUGGGUAAAGUUUUGUAUGGUUUAUGUGCGAAAUGACCGGUUGAUAUGAGCAGUCGUGUUUGGUGUCUUGUCAAGAGAUUCCCUCUGGAAGACACAGGCUUGCUUGUUGUGCCUUGCUGUAUAAUUUUAAUAGUUUAAGGGUGUGAAACAAAGAUGGUAUUGCUCAAACGCCUUCAUUUUAACUUUUAUUUUCGCCAAAAAAUAUUUGAUAAAUAAAUUGCCAGACUUAGUAAAUACGCUUCAUCUCGGCGAGUAUUUUCUUUUGAAAAAUAGUAAUUCUAUUUACAAUACCCGGUCAAUUCCGACUAAUCAUUAUCAACUUUACCCAUUUAUUAAUAGUUUAUUUUCAAUAUUUCAACAAAACAUGAGUUUUUCAUUUAUUUACAGUUUAUUGUUUUAUUCGAUUGCAAAAAUGAAGUAAAUAAAAUAUGAUCCUUGAAAGGAAUUAUUUUUUUUUUGUUUAUUAAUUUAGUUUGCUGAUUUAAAGUAGUUAAUGUGGGGCAUCUAGUGUUCAAAUUAUUUUGCGAAACUGUGGCGUUAUAUUAUAAAUCUUUAUUUCCAGGAUUUUGCCAAAAUUCAAAAAGAACUUUAAACUAAGACGGCAUAGACAAAUCGUUCGUGAACUAUUAUGAUGAAAGCAGCUUUUAUUGCUAAGUUUGUGUGAGUGACUUAUGCACACGAAUUGUAAUGUGCAAAGUUCCACGAGGUUUUUUAUUUGCCAUGCCACAAAAAUCUCUUUUUUCGCAAAAGUAACAAGUAACAACUGGAAUUACUAAAUAACAUCUAAUUACCUGUAUUCUGCAAACAAAAUACACAAAUCCUUAUUUUUCUGUAAAUUGAACUGAUAAAUUAAAUUCAAAUUUAAAUUUAUUCAAAUUAGGCUUACAUGUUAGCCAAUAUGAAAAAAAGCAACAACAAUGAAGUCUCCAGUUGUGUAGUAUGUUCUUGUAACGCCACAGUAUACCACAGUGUAUCAUAAACCAGUAUGUCGUCUUCACAUCGACUCGUACGCGUGUCCGUAUCGCUAGUCACGAUUUUUGUUACCUAUAUAACUGUUUAUGUAUUUUGUAACUUAUGUGUUAUAUAAGAAUAAAUCACUACUGUAUUUCA